CGGCGGCCAUUUUGGCUCAAGUGGCGAAAGUGACAGGAGAGCGGAGGAGAGGGCGCCGGAGAAGGAGCGCUGGGCCUCAGCGCCUCGACCCUCGCCUCCGCCGCCCUCCCGCCUGCAGGGCCGCCAUGUCGGAGACGCUCGGCGAAUACGUUCGCUCUGAGGAGACUGGCGAAGAGAAGCAGGAUACGCAAGAGAAAGAAGCAGCGCAGCCGGAGAGAGCAGAGGAGGCGAAACUCAAAGCCAAAUACCCAAAUUUGGGACUUCAGAAGCCCGGGGGCUCCGACUUCUUGAUGAAGAGGCUCCAGAAAGGGCAAAAGUACUUUGACUCUGGUGACUACAACAUGGCCAAAGCCAAGAUCAAGAACAAGCAGCUGCCGACGGCCGGGACGGACAAGAACCUGGUGACGGGUGACCACAUCCCCACGCCCCAAGACCUCCCGCAGCGGAAGUCCUCUCUCGUCACCAGCAAGCUGGCCGGGUAACCUACACUCCUGAGCGGGCGUCUCCUUUUUUUUCUGUAGGGGUUUCUGGCUUUUUGGGUUUCCCCCCCUCUCUUUUUCCCUUUGGUCCGACCAGUUGGACUUUGCUGUAUAAUAGGGCUGGGACGCACUGGACUCUCUCGUAGCGGCGACCGGAAGCCGAGGCCUGGACUUAUUUGGACCACGUUGUGGGUCGGGCUCAGAUCUGCACCUGCUUUCCGUCGCUUGCUCUUCCCUCCACGGACGGCAGAAGAAAGCCACCAAAACACCGCUCCCGAUGUCCCUUUGCCAUUGUGAACCCGAGGCGAGCAGAACCCGAGGGGGUUUGGGAGCGUUAUAUAAUGCUAAGGAUUGCACUUUGUGUUUGUAUGAGAUCAUCAGAGAGUACAAAGCCCGGCUGGGAGUUUUCUCAUUGCUGGCUCCAUUGGAAAGAUUAGCAUGUAAUAUCACCGCCGAAGCGAGAUACUAAGGCAAAAAGUUCUUGAACUGCGGCCACGUCACUUUAUCACCUCUUUAUCGCCUCCCUGAUGAUUGGGAACAAAGGAUUAUCUCCCCGCCGAGAGUCACCAGCCAUAUCUCUCUGGGUGAGAUGCAAAGGCCCGGGAGUCAAAGGAAAGCAUUUCCAUUUUGGGUAUUUUUGUCGGGCCAAAUAAGCCCCAUAAUGUCCGCCAAGGCUGUUUUUAGCUUGCUCUAAUCUAGGAAGUGAGAUGAGCUUAUCGGUAGCUCUGGGCCCCAUAAGUCUGUCAUGAAUGGGAUAUCUUGCAGCCAAAUCCCUCCAGGAAAUGAGACGGCUAUUUAUUCGCCUCCCGCAGUUCUCCCCGGGGUCUGCCUCCACAAAACAAGUGUCCCGCUUGGUCCAAAGCACAUGUGUCAAACUCAAGGCCCGCCGUUUCAUUUUAUGGAACCCUCCUCCAGAAGCCGGACUACAACUCCGGUAUCCCUCAUUGUUAGACCUCAUGGCUAGAGCUGAUAAGAGUUGGGGUACAGCCACAUCUGGAAGGCUGUAGUUUGUUUUGUUUAGUCCAUAGACUAAUAUACAAGGUUUGUGGAUAUGUCUGGCUUCAAAGUGUCAUUUCGCCUUUCCCCAACCUCAAAGCCAUAAGGGCCGUUGGGUUGCCGUUCCCAUAAUCCCCAGUCUCCUUGGCGGAUCAUCAAGAGCGAUGGGGUUAUUGUUCAGGUCUUUUUUUUUUCAUGUCAGGAGCAACUUGAGAAACUGUAAAGAGUGGAUGAUCCACGGAUACGGAGGACCAAUUAUAUAUUAUUUUAAACAUAGCGGUCAGUGUUUGUGUGAGAGAAUUGGUAGUCUGCAAAGAUGUUGCCCAGGGGAUGCUUGGAUGUUUUACCAUCCUGUGGGAGGCUUCUCUCAUGUCCCCGCAGGAGAAGCUGGAGCUGACAGAUGGGAGCUCACCCUGCUCCUCGGAUUCGAACCACCGACCUUUCAGGCAACUACUUUCUCAAUAUGGGCACAGCUCAUUGUGUCGGGAGGUGAUCUCCUUCCAAAGAAAUCUCAAGGAUGUGAGAAGAGCCUGAACUGAUAAGGAGAGGCUUGAGCUGACAGAUGGGAACUCACCCUGCUCCUCAGAUUCAAACCACUGACCUUUUAGCCAGUAGUCUUGCUGGCACACGGGUUUAACCCAUUGGAAUGAGUACCAUCUGGGGACCUGAACUGGUAAAAACUAAGCAUCAACCACUAUGUUUCAAAAAAUAUAUAAUUGGUCCUCCGUAUCCGUGGAUCAUCCGCUCUUUGAGGGCAACUAUAAGGCAUAUAUGGCUCUUGAUGAAAAUUGAUUUGACAGCCCUCAUCUCAAGGGUGUGAGAAGAGCCUGAACUGAUAAGGAGAGGCUGGAGCUGACAGAUGGGAGCUCACCCUGCUCCUCAGAUUCGAACCACCGACCUUUCAGCCAGCAGUCUUGCUGGCACAAGGGUUUAACCCAUUGGAAUGAGUACCAUCUGGGGACCCGAACUGGGUAAAAACUAAGCAUCGACCACUAUGUUUCAAAAAAUAUAUAAUUGGUCCUCCGUAUCCGUGGAUUAUUCGCUCUUUGAGGGCAACUAUAAGGCAUAUAUGGCCCUUGCUGAAAAUUGAUUUGACAGCCCUCAUCUCAAGGGUGUGGGAAGAGCCUGAACUGAUAAGGCAGGUUUUAUUGGGUCCACUUAGGGAGGCGCGAGGAGCAUGCUUUGCAGUUUAUGGCUUUGCAGUGUUGUUUCUCAGAUAGUCAGGUUUGAGCUAGAGUUGGAAGAGCGCUCGCUGACCCAUGUCCCAUUUAGUCAUUGACACUCUGGGAGUGAGAUGUAUGCCAAGGGUACUCAGUCGUAAUCACAGUCCCACAUCUUCCCGUUUUGGGCAGUGUGGGAUCGAAUCCCAACACCGACAUGGUAACACAGCUGUAGAUCUUCCAGCCUUUUUUCUUGCCACCAAAGGACCAUUUUAACUAUGCUGUACCCCACUUUGAGCCAUGUGGAGUGGCGGGUAAUAAAUAAAAUCAUUAUUUAUUAUCAUAGGCUGCCAGAAUGAGUGAAAUUUGCACCUACUUUCUCAAUAUGGGCACAGCUCAUUGUGUCGGGAGGUGAUCUUCCAAAGCAAUCCCAGGGGCUGUUUGGGAUUUCUCCUUCAAUAAAUAUAUGUUGAAUAUUGUUCUGGCAAAUGGAGCUCUUGAAAACUGCAUUUGGGUUAAGUGUAUACAGUGUUCCCUCACUUAUUGCAGGGGUUCCGUUCCAGGAACCCCCCGCGAUAAGUGAAAAACCGCGAUGUAGGGACGCUAUACUGUAUAUGUACAGUAUAGUUCCGCCCAUGCCUCUUUCCCCCUCCUCUCUCUUCCUCUACUCUUUCCCCUUUUUUCCCCCCUCCCCUUGCUGGAGCCACCCUUCUCCCUCCCUCCCUGCUUCCCCACUGGCAUGGGGCUCUCACCCGGUCGCCCAAGGAGGAGCGAACGGGAAGAAGCCGUGGUGGAAGCUGCCUUGGCGGUCCUCUCCGGCCUCAGAGGAAGAAGCCCAUUCACCCAACAAGGGUUAUGGGCCCAGCACACUUCCGCUGCACUUAAUCAACAAAAUUUUAGAUCUGGUACACAUAAAAUAUUGUCCACAUUGGGUUGCUGUGGGUUUUUUCGGGCUAUAUGGCCAUGUUCUAGAGGCAUUCUCUCUUGACGUUUUGCCGGCAUCUAUGGCGAGCAUCCUCAGAGGUAGUGAGGUCCAUCACUAUCAUCUAUCUAUCUAUCGGGACCCGGAGGUAGGUCUCUCUUAGGUCCGUCACUAUCUAUCUAUCUGUCUGCCUGUCAAUUGAGACCUGAAGGUAGGCUCUCUUAGGUCCAUCACUCUUCUAUCUAUCUAUCUAUCUAUCUAUCGGGACCUGGAGGUAGGCCUCUCUUGGAUCUAUCACUAUCUGUCUGUCUGUUUAUUGGGACCCGGCGGCAGGCCUCUUUUAGGUCCAUCACUCUUCUAUCUAUCCAUCCAUCGGGACCUGAAGGUAGACCUCUCUUAGGUCCAUCACUCUAUCAUCCAUCUAUCUAUCUAUUGGGGCCUGGAGGUAGGCCUCUCUUAAGUCCAACACACUACCUCUGAGGAUGCUUGCCAGGCAAAAUGUCAGGAGAGAAUGCGUCUAGAACAUGGCCAUAUAGCCCAAAAAAACCUAGAACAGCCCAGUGAUUCCGGCCAUGAAAGCCUUCGACAAUACAUUGUCCACAUUAUUCCCUAAACAAGGAAUGCAGUGUUACCUCAGCACUUGUAUUGAUCUCACUACCUCUGAGGAUGCUUGCCAUAAGAUGCAGGUGAAACGUCAGGAGAGAAUGCCUCUAGAACAUGACCAUAUAGCCCGGAAAAAAACCUACAACAGCCCAGUGAUUGCGGCCAUGAAAGCCUUCGACAAUAUUUGUAUUUUAAUUUUUUUAAACCGCGAAACAGCUAGUCUGCGGGAAGCGAACCGCAAAGUACUGAGGGAACACUGUAUUCCUUGUGUAAGGAAAAAAGUGGACAAUAUUUUAUGUGUACCGGAUCUAAAAUUUUGUUUAUUGAGCGCAGCAGAAGUGUGCUGGGCCCAUAACCCUUGUCGGGCGAGUGGGCCUAUUAACAAAAUACCCUCCUCAUAAAUGCAACAGUAGCCCAAAGUGAUAAAAAGAACAAAAACACAGGACAAUGUUAUCUCUUCCAUAUGUGGCUUUUCUUUAUAGUAAAAUAAUAUGGCUGCACUGUUUACAAGAACAAGAUUUCCAUAACACGAACAAAGUUCCUUGUACUUCCUUAUUUGCUUCCACGCAAUAUAUUCAUGGCAGUGAGAUGUCACAAAUGAAUGGCAGCCAUCUUUAAAUAUCUAAAAGGAUGUCUUGCUGCUGCUUCAGAGACAAAGACAUGAUCAAGUGAUCAGAGAUUCCAUCUAAACAAGAGGCAGAAGUUGACCCUAAGAGGAUGAUCUUUACGUUGGAUGGGCGUCUCUCAGGAGUGUUUUAGCUGUGUAUGAGCUCUCCAGUUCUAUGAUUCUUUAGCCCCUCCAAAAUCUCUCCCUUUGUUGCUUCUGUCUUGUUCCUGGCAGCCUUUGAAAACACCUAUAUGGGAUAAUUUACGCGGCAGUGACGUCUUUGGACCAGAGAGCCUUCUCCGAGAAAGCACAAGAUCUUCAUCCCUUUGUUUUGUUUUGUUUUGUUUAAAUAAGGGCUUUUCUCGCCUUCAGUAAAGACCCUCAGGGCUGUAGAGAGACCAAAGGGUAACACAUUGUAACAGUAGGCUUGGUCGCCCACCAUGAAAGAGAGAAACCUACAAUGUUGAGGGGCUAUUACAGCAGUAAUUCACUCCCAAGAGUUGGCCUGGCUGGAGUUGUGUUUGCUAGUCUUGGGGAUCGGAUACCGAACUCUAAAUGACAUCCCCACAUGCGGGGAAGUAUUAGCCCUCGUUUCAAGACCUGGGCUUUUGAGGUUUGCGGGGAAGAUUCCCCGAAAAAUAAGUGAAAGAGAGGGAGCUGCCUUUUCAAAUGGAGGGUUCUUCAGACAUAGAGAAGACAAACAAGAGGAAGAGAUAAACCCUUACUGUCAUGACCUGUGCAAUUCCAGCUUGGCAUCCCUUUAGUGUUGGCAUAUCUUCAUAAUUUCCUGACCCUGAGGACUAGAACUAUUGGAAAGAAAGAUAUCUUUUGCUUAGGAUUGAAAAGGUUUUGAAGCAGUGAGUGGGGUCCGGUUAGGACUUCAAGAUGAAGUUGUUUCUGACUUUUGGAAUGUGUUUGAAUGCUUUUUAAAAAGCCGAACAUUGCUGGCUUCAUUUGUUUGCAGGUCUGGGGGUGGCGAUAUAUUUUUCAAUCGGGAGCAAUGUUGGCGUGGAACUGUGCCCUCUCUCCUCCCUUCGUUGCUUCAGGCUGGUCUCAGUUUCCCGCUGGGAAUUAUCUAGGCUGGCUAUAGGGCCUGGAUUCAUUUCCAGGAGCAGCUAGAUGCGGAGAUGAGCUUGAACCAAUGGCAGCCAUAACAGAAAUCGAAACAGCUGCCUUGAAUGAAUCCCUGCAUGGCUUCCUCACGACCAAGAAGGUUUUGUUUGCAGAGAAAAUGGCUCUGAUGGGGCAGAAGAGAAGCUGGAGAGGAGACACGAAAGAUGGGAAAGGGAGGAGACUAGGCUUCAAAUGCUGCCCUGGAGACUAGGGAAGGAAAUUCCACCUGAACAUCAGGAAGAACUUCCUGACUGUAAGAGCUGUUCAACAGUGGAACUCUCUGCCUCUGAGUCUGGUGGAGACUCCUUCUUUGGAGGCCUUUAAGCAGAGGCUGGAUGGCUAUCUAUCUCGGGGUGUGUGAAGGGAAAAUGACUUCUGCCUGGCAGAAGGGGGUUGGACUGGAUGGCCUUUGGGGUCUCUAGGAUUUUAGAGUUCUGAUAUACUUUUGCAGAGAGAGAUUAUAGAGCAACAAUGCUCUGGCACACUGAGAGCCAGAUGUGGGGAGUCCUUUCCCCCCUUUUGCUGCAGACAUUUCAGCCAAAUGACAAUUUGAAGGAAGCCAGGCACUUGCACACUCUUCGAUAUUACGAGGGUUAUCCGGAAAGUAAAGUUACAAGAUUUUUUAAAAAUACAAAGAAUGAAUAUAUUUUAAUUGUAGCAUUGGUAUUACAUUAUUUUUCCACAUAGUUAUCAUUCAGUUCAAUACAUUUUGUCAUCCGUGGGAUGAGUUUUUGAUGCUUGUGUCAUAGAAGUUUCCCUCCGCCUUUUCCUGCCAGUUCGUCACUUCGAUUUUCACCUCGCUGUCGUCGGAGAAGUGUGUUCCUUCAAUUUAGUGAUAGUCACUGGGUGCGACAUCAGGGCGGUGAGAGGAGUGGCUUCAAACAUCCCAAUCAAAUGAAGUCCACAACUCUUGUGUUGCAUGAGCGGACGCCCAUUGUCGUGAAGGAGACAGGCUCCCGUCGUCAGCGUCCCACGACAUUUGUUUUGGAUGGCUCUGCGAAGCUUCUUCAUGGUCUCACAAUAUAUUCCAUACCCAUUUUGUCUUGACAUUACGUCCUGUCCAUAAACUGAAAUGAUCUUGCAAUAAAUCGCAGCGGCUUUCAUGCCCUUAACAUUUAGAUCGUGUAUUACAGUGCAAACUUUGCACUUGGAGGAAAACAGAAUGAGUACACUCAUCUCUAACCUUCACCACAACACCAGUUGAUGAGCUACCGACGACUGACACUGCUCAUUCGCUUCCGCUGGCUUCCUGCUCCAUGGCAGUGAAACCAACUUCCCUAAGAAAAUUUCCGGUGAGAGCAACUGUCUUGUUACCUUACUUUCUGGAUAACCUUCAUCACAACGCCAGUUGAUGAGCUACCGACGACUCACUGCAUGAACUUCACACUUGGAGGGAAAUGGAAUGAGGACGCUCAUCUCGAACCUUCACCACAAUGCCAGUUGAUGAACUAUCGACGACUGGCUCUGCUCUUUCGCUUCCGCUGGCUUCCUGUUACAUGGCAGUGAUACCAACUUCCCCGAGAAAAUUUCCCACGAGAGUGACGUGCCUUGUAACCUUACUUUCUGGAUAUUCCUCGUACAGCAUGAACUUCGCACUUGGAGGGAAACGGAAUGAGGACGCUUAUCUCUAACCUUCAUCACAACGACAGUUGAUGAGCUACCGACGACUGGCACUGCACGAACUUCACACUUGGAGGGAAAUGGAAUGAGGACGCUCAUCUCUAACCUUCAUCACAACGCCAGUUGAUGAGCUACCGAUGACUGGCACUACUCGUUCGCUUCUGCUGGCUUCCUGCUACAUGGCAGUGAUACCAACUUUCCUGAGAAAAUUUCCCAUGAGAGUGACAUUCCUUGUAACCUUACUUUCUGGAUAUCCCUCGUAAAGCACUUGGAGGGAAAUGGAAUGAGGACACUCAUCUCUAACCACAAUGCCAGUUGAUGAGCUACCAACGACUGGCACUGCUUGUUCGCUUCUGCUGGCUUCCUUCUCCAUGACAGUGAUGCCAACUUUCCCGAGAAAAUUUCCCGUGGGAGCAACAUGCCUUGUAACCUUACUUUCUGGAUAUCCCUCGUAUAGUACUUGGAGGGAAACGGAAUGAGGAUGCUCAUCUCUAACCACAAUGCCAGUUGAUGAGCUACCAACGACUGGCACUGCUCAUUCGCUUCUGCUGUCUUCCCACUACACGGCAGUGAUACCAACUUCCCCCACAAGAGCUACGUGCCUUGUAACCUUACUUUCUGGAUAACCCUCAUAAAAUAUCAGAUCUCCCUGAGCCAUAGCAGUGUCUCUGAACUCCCUAAAGCCCUCCGUGACUUUCUGCACUGCGUACAAAGUGUGCUUUUUGGGACCUCAACUAUAUCAAGGCGGAGGAAGCUCGCAGCCCACCUUUCGCUGCCUUCCCUGGUCCUGUGGGUGGUUGGGUGUGUGUCCCUGUAUUUAUUUACGCUGCUUGCACCCGAUUCACAACCCAUAGAGUAGCAGCUCCCAUUAUUACCAACGGCAGCCUCCGCUUUGCCUGAGUUCAGAGUGCCGUCGUAUUCCUUUCCUCCAAUGCUCCUGCCAUGUUUGUUUCUUUCCUUCCUUCCUCCGGAGCCGCUUUGGGAACGGGCUCUCGAUUUCUUUGUGGUCUCCUUUUCCUUCUAAAGGCUGUCUCUUCCGUAUUCCUCCUCCAGCUCGCCACCCUUCUGCCGUUUUGUCCCGGCCGUCACUGUAAAUAGAUAUGAAUCAUAUAUAUAUAAAUAUAUAAAUAUAAUAUACUUUUGUACAUCGCUGUCAUCUCUUGGAUCUUCCAGUGUUUGCUUCCUUUGUUUUCUAAUAAAAUGUGUGAAAGGGAGGGGAGAGGACAUCCAAUGCCAAAAAUGAAACUCCGCAACACACUCCGCAUCCAUCUGCCACCGCUUGCGGCCUCGGACCGUUCAGGCGCCUUUAACAAAUAGGAUUGGGGUUUACUGUCUUUCGGAGGGGUUUCGUCUCUUUCUCCCUCCCUGUUUUUGCUUGGGUCCUGGGCAAGUUUCCUCAUGUGCGAAGGGAAAGAGCCGGCGAGUGGUAACCGUUUGGAAAUAAACGUAACCCUUGUCUCAA